GAUCAAAGUAGCUCAGUCAGAGCAGAAGUACCAGUACAAUACCAUCUUCGCAUUCUAAAAAAACCAGCGACAUGGCAAACGCUUACCUGCAGGGAGUUGAGAUCUCGGCUUCACAGUUCCUGGAUAUCUUUCAUCAUUAUGACAAUGAUGGUAAUGGAUAUAUUGAAGGAAAGGAGUUGCAGAACUUUGUUAAAGAACUUCAGCAAGCCCGAAAACAAGCAGGACUAGAGCUGACAGAGCAAAUGAAGGCCUUCGUGCAGGAAUACGAGCAAAAUGCAGAUGGCAAGAUCGGAAUUGUGGAGCUUGUACAGAUAUUACCCACAGAAGAAAACUUCUUGUUAUAUUUCCGGCAACAGCUGAAGUCCUGUGCUGAGUUCAUGCAGGCCUGGCGCAAUUAUGACGCAGAUCACAGCGGCUACAUCGAAGCUGAUGAACUCAAGAACUUUUUGAAAGAUCUACUCCGGAAGGCUGGGAAACAAUACGAUGACAAGAAAUUAGAUGAAUAUACGUGCACAACACUCAAAAUGUUUGACUCCAACAACGAUGGCAAGCUCUGCUUGGCAGAAAUGGCAAGGCUGCUACCUGACCAGGAGAACUUUUUGCUCAGGUUCCAGGGGGUGAAAAUGACAAAAAAAGAGUUCAACAAGAUUUUUGAGCUUUAUGACCAGGACGGAAAUGGGUACAUGGAUGAGAACGAACUGGAUGCCCUACUCAAAGACCUGUGCGAGAAAAACAAUAAGGUGUUAGACCCCAGCAAGAUCCCAACCUACAAGAACGCCAUUAUGGCCCUGUCUGACGGCGGGAAGCUGUACAGGACUGAGCUGGCGCUGGUCCUAUGUGCCGAUGAUGAUUGAGAAACCCCCCCAUACCAUCCCCUCUCCCCAAACUCCCACCCUCAUCCAUACGCCCCUCCCACCCCACUGACUCGUGACGUGUGUAAAGGUAGCUAGAGACUCUAAGGGUAGUAGGACGUAUUUUCAUUUAUUUAUUUUUUAAACCUGUAAAUUUGAUCGGCGGCAUGUAGGUAUAUAUAUGAGGCUGGUGGCACAUACUUUUCAACCUGUUGUUUCUAUACUGUUUGUAAUGUACAGCUUUUGUAAUGACAAGAUUGAUACAAUAAAAAACAGACCCAAGCCUUGACCUCUAUAUAUUCUGUGAUGCAGUAUCACAACUUCUCUCCGCAUUAAUUGAAAGCUAUACACAUUGAGUAACAGAUCACCUCGUCAUAUUUUUGAGUUAUAUAAUAUCCACACCAGAAUGAAAAAUAAAAAUCUACCUGAUGAUAUUGUAGCCAAAGCAAUAAUGUGUUACUAGCAGCUGAUGGAAUGUAAUAUGUGAGUAAUGAAUUGAAGGAUUAGUUGAGGGUUUAUGUAUUUAAAUUAUAUAGCUGUCAUUUACUCUUGCAGUGCAUGUUUGUUGCUGAAGGCAAGCCUUCUACCAAGGCAUUACUGAAGUUGUAAGCACAUAGCCUAGUAUAUCUCCCAGAUUUAUUAUCCCUGAUUAUAUAUAUGACGAUAAAUGUCCAGUGUAAUAGCAACAAUUUUGCACUGUAAGGAAUGAUGUGCAACUCUAUGCUGAAUACCAGACUCACUGUGUAACCUGUAAUUAAACAUUAUUCAAAUACUACCUAAAAACCUCUGGCUUUGUGUUGUGGUGUGUUGUCCUUCUAAUCCACCCCUCCAAACAUGUCAGAUUAAAUUUUCCCUCUAAACAA